GCUGUAUUGUUUCAGAUGUGCAGCAGACAAUAGGAAUAGCAGGAUACACAGGUGGUUCAGUUGUGCUGCCCUGCUCCUGUGCUGACCCUCAGUCUACAGUCACGACAUUCACCUGGCACUUUCAGCAGAGAAAUCAAUGGAUUCAAGUAUUUCAAGAUGAGAAAUACAGCGGCAGACGUGUGCUGUUUGAUGAACUUUCUCCAACAAAUCGGUCUCUUCUCAUUUCUGACCUCAGAACGAAUGACCAGGGCUACUAUAGAUGUAUGACCGAACCAAACAUUAUUACAUACGUUGACUUAAAUGUUAAAGGGUGUGAUUUGGUUGAGAACAGAAAGACAGCUGUAGUGACUGGAUAUUCAGGAGAGUCUGUGGUUCUGCCCUGUUCCUGCACUGAACUACAGGCUAAACCUGAACACAUACAGUGGAAUUAUUUCAAAGAAAAGAAACAUAAAGAAAUUUACCCAAAUGAACAAAUUGAGAAUUACAAGAACAGAGUCAAACUGUUCAAUCCAAACACUCCAGGAAAUCUUUCUCUACACAUAUCAGCACUGACCACAGAGGACCAAGGGCACUAUCAGUGUUUUGUCUCGUCUCAGCAAGUAGUCGCUGUCAGACUUCGUGUUGAAGAAAAAACUUGUGUCCACCCAAUCAAUUUAACAACAGAUCAACCUUCACACCUAACACAAGACUCCACUACUUCACAACUUAAACUGAUUCCACAACAUCACACACCUCAAU